AUGAUUGGAGCUGCUGGCUUGAAAGGGCCUGGUGUGGCUGCUGCCAUUAUGCGGCAACGGCUUGCUGCGAUUCCUCGAUCUACGCGAUCGAUAUCAACCUUUCGGCCGCAGCGCCCUCGGGUCCCCGGCCAAGGCCAAUUGACUUUGGCAUCUUCUGGGGUCACCUGGCAUAAAACAUCUCUUGCUGUUGGCCCGGCCGCGAUUCGUUUCAAGUCCUCCAUGCCCGAACCGGCACCCUCUCCCGUUCCCGAGACGACCACCCCAAGCGAGUUCGUUGAAGCGACUGACCUGUCCGAUUUUGACCUCUCGACGAUUCCCGAAAGAAUCGGAUAUCUGAAAGAACUUGGGCUGGACUACGGCUGGGGUUCAUCCUCGGUAGCCCAAUAUUUCAUUGAACACUUUCACGUCUGGGGAGGGAUGCCAUGGUGGGCUGGCAUCGUCGCCACUGGUCUAUUGUUCCGCGGUGUUCUCCUUCCCUUCGCGCUCAUGGCUUCCGAUCAAGCUGCCAGAUCUCACAACGCUAAGCCUUUGACCACUCCGCUCCGAGAAGAGAUGAUGCGCCACUUGCAACAAGGCAAUCAACUCGCAGGCCAGCAGAAGAGGGCCGAGCUUAGCGAAAUUCACCGGGCACAUGGCAUUCAGGUGUGGAAGACACUCGUUCCCCUCCUCCAAAUUCCGCUUGGUUUCGGAAUUUUCAGAGCCACUCGCGGCAUGACCAGCCUACCUUUGCCAGCCUUCAUGAAUGAGUCCUUCUUUUGGAUCAAAGAUCUGACUGUGGCCGAUCCGAUUUACAUCCUUCCCAUGAUCACUUCUUUUGCUAUGUACCUGACGUUCAAGAAAGGUGGCGAGUCCGGCAUGAUGGACUUCAUGAAGGGUCCGGGUCAAAUGAUCCUCUAUGUCUUGCCAGGAAUGUCUUUCCUUUUCAUGGCGUUCCAGCCAGCGGCCUUGCAACUUUAUUUCGCGUCCACCGGUGUCUUCGCCUUUUUUCAAUCCACUAUCAUGCACAACCCCUGGGUCCGCGACCUCUUCCGCAUGACCAUGCCCAUCGGUGGCUCAUCAGCGCCCACACUUGACCGGACACAAAGUGCAGGCGUAGCGCGACUUCAAAUGCGGAUAGCAGAGGAAAAGCGCCGUGCGGCCGAAAUCAAGAAACAGCCCCAGGAAGAGGCGCCUCCGGCAUCCAUCACGAAGGUUAGCUCCAUUGAUCAGUGGAUCCAAGGUAAAAAGAAGGGUUUCAGCCAGUGGUCAGAAGAUGCCUCGAAGUCAAUGAACAAAGUACUAGGCAAAUCUACUACGAAUGCCGAUGGCACGCCUGUUGCGGGGCCGCGUCUCUCUGACGCGGAGCACAGGAAGGCGGAAGAAUACGAGAAGGAGAGAAAGUCGGCGGAUGCCUUUGCUCGUGAAGAGCGUAACCACGCCCGUCGUCAAGCCCAUAUGCAGGCACUUGCGGCUGAGCGGGAGAAGGCUAAGGCUUCCUGGCAGAAGCAGCAGGAGGCCGCAGUCAAUAACCGGCGGCGACGGAAGUGA